AUGCAACAUGCUGGUCGCCCUGGUCGUAGUAAGCCUGAAAGUGUUUGCGGAGAUCCCUUUGUUGCUCUAUAUGCUCACGAGCUUUCUGAGGUACUCAGUCUUCCAGAAUCACAUGUACGAAAAGUCUGCCUUGCACAUCAUGACCAGGACUUGUCUUUUUGUUUGAAUGUAUCAGCCUAUUACUCUGACAAAGUCAUACAAGCUAGAGCGAAACACUUUUAUUUUUAUCAUCCAUCGUACUGCUUCCGUCACUCCUUUCAACUCUAG